AUGGAAGGUGACAAAGGAAAAUGCAGUGAAGUUGAUGGUGAGAGUACGUCCGUUAUUAUAAACGAUGGACCCACUGUUGAAGAAUUGAAAAAAAACAUAGAGGCGAAGCUUCUUACCCAUUCACCCUUGCUUCCUUUGUGCUGCAUCUUCAAAGUUCCCGAGGUGAUUCGGAGACAAAAGAAACAGGCCUAUGAACCUGACAUUGUCUCCAUCGGACCCUUCCACCACGGCAAUAAAAAAUUCCAACUGUUUGAAGAUGUGAAACGUUGGUAUUUACAAUGCCUUCUCUCCUCAUCCAAGGAUGUGAGUUUGGAGAGCUUGAUCAAAGUCAUCAUGGAGUUGGCUAAAAGCGCUCGCGACUGUUACGUAGCAGACCCGUUGGAUGGUGAUCUCGAUCAAAAAUACUUUGUAGAAAUGAUGAUACUUGACGGUUGCUUCCUGUUAGAACUAUUUCGAAAGGCACGUUACGAGGAGCUACAAAAUGAAAACGACCCCGUUUUCAACGUGUCCUGUAUGAAGGAACAUCUUUACCAUGACCUCCUGCUGCUAGAAAAUCAGCUGCCUUGGUCUGUGCUGGAGUGUUUGUACAACCUAACUGCCAAUAGCCCCAACCAAAGAGGCGACUCCCUCACUUCACUUGUGCUCAACUUUUUCAUGCAAUCCGAAGCAGAUUACUUGAUGUUGAACUCCAGCUUCGAGCUCCCAUAUAAGAUUUUGCACAUACUUGCUCUGAUAAGAGCCGUGAUCGUUUCUGGAUUGGAUGAUGAAGAGCAGCAGAAAAAGAAGUUGCCUGCGGAAGAGCAGCAGAAAAAGAAGGGGCCAAAAUUGCCUCAACGGAUCCCAAAUGCGACAUCUCUUUCGGAGGCAGGCGUUCGGUUCGAAGCAAGACAAAACAAGGAAGAGGGAAAGGGAGAGUGCAUAAUGAACAUAAAGUUCAAAAACGGGGUUUUUAAAAUUCCACCGUUGGGAAUUGAUGAGAGGACAGAGCCUCUGUUCAGGAACCUCAUCGUCUUUGAACAAUGCUACCACGCUUGCCUGCACAAGAUAACAUCCUACGCAGUUUUGAUGGAUAACCUCAUCGACUCUAGAGAGGAUAUAGAUUUUCUUUGUGACAAAGGAAUAUUGGCCAAUUGGUUGAACCCGGACGAUGCUGCCCAAUUCUUCAACAAGCUUUACAAUGACACCACCGUCAUAGGGUAUUACUACAAUGGUUUGUCCGACGAAGUGAAUGAUUAUUACAAGACUAAAUGGCACAAGUUUAUGGAAAUAUUGAGGCAUGACUAUUUUUCUACCCCAUGGAGAAUCAUCUCUUUCAUCGCGGCCUUUAUCCUCCUGGUCCUCACCCUAGUGCAGACCCUAUAUACUAUUCAGUGGCCUUAA